AUGCCGGUUGAGUACAUCCAGAAAAUUGAACCCACAAUCAGUGAUUGGGAUCACCCCUAUCUUACCGGUGCCUGGACACCCAAUUAUCUGGAGUUCAAUGCCACCGAUUUAGCACUGACCGGUGAAUUACCCUCGGAUAUUGACGGUGUUUUCUUGCGCAAUACCGAGAACCCCGUACACCAGGCGAUCGGUCGCUAUCAUCCAUUUGAUGGUGACGGCGUGAUUCAUUCGAUUUCAAUAGCUGACGGUAAGGCUGCCUAUUGCAAUCGGUUCGUGCAGACCCAGGGCUUUGUGGCUGAACAAGAAGCGGGUCAUUCGCUGUGGGCCGGACUGAUGGAGCAUCCGUCACGCUCACUGCGGCCAGGAGUUUGCGCGCAAGAGGGACUGAAGGACUCCUCGUCAACCGAUGUGAUCGUACAUGCUGGCAAGGCCCUGUCGACUUUUUAUCAAUGCGGGGCCGGGUACCGACUAGAUCCUUAUACCCUUGAGCAGUUCGGUGAGGAAAGUUGGGUGCCUGAAGAUGGCAUCUCUGCGCAUCCGAAAGUCGAUGAACGGACGGGCGAAUUGUUGUUCUUCAAUUAUUCGAAGAAAUCUCCGUUCAUGCACUACGGCGUAGUCGGGCCCGAUAACAAGCUCAAGCAUUAUGUUCCCAUUCAAUUGCCAGGGCCGCGCCUUCCGCAUGAUAUGGCCUUUUCUGAAAACUAUUCUAUUUUCAAUGACCUGCCCGUCUUUUGGGAUACCGAGCAGCUCAAGCGCGGCAAUCAUAUCGUGCGCUACCAUAAGGGCAUACCCAGCCGGUUCGGCAUCAUUCCCCGGUUCGGUCAGCCCGAUGAAAUUAAGUGGUUUGAAGGUGCCCCGACCUACGUUCUGCAUUUUCUCAACGCUUGGGAGGAGGGCGACGAAGUGGUAAUGGACGGGUAUUUUCAGGAUACGCCGGUCCCGGGCGAUUACCCUAAUGCCCCUCCUGGCUAUGAAAGGAUGAUGGCCUACCUGGAUCAAUUUUCGUUGGCGCCGCGGUUGCACCGUUGGCGCUUCAAUAUGAGGACCGGACAGACCAAAGAAGAGCGACUGGAUGACCGGACGUUGGAGUUUGGCAUUAUCAAUCAGCGCUUUGCUGGUCGGCAAAACCGAUACGCCUAUAGUGCGAACCCGCUACGUGGUUGGUUUCUGUUUACCGGCUUGACCAAGCACGACACGCAAACUGGUAAAUCAUGGGCGCUUGAACUGGGCGAGCACCGGUUCUGUAGUGAAGCCGGCUUCGCGCCACGAAUCGGUGGCACCGAGGAAGAUGAUGGCUAUCUGGUGACGUUUGUUACUGAUGUUAGUGAUAACUCGUCGGAGUGCCUGGUGAUUGACGCCGGCGACAUUGAGGCCGGGCCUGUCUGCCGCAUAGCGCUACCCCACCGUAUCUGCUCUGGUACCCAUGCCGCAUGGGCCAAUAGCGAAGAUAUUCGGCACCCUGGUCUGCGCCAAAGCAGCUAG